AUGUCCACGGUGCCGCCCAUCUUCACCGCGACCUCUGCAUACUCUCUCGCCUUCGUCGCCAGCGUCGGCGCCGUCGCCUAUCUCGCGUCCAAGACCCUCCUUCCCAAGAACGCGAGCUGGCAGGAUCGGUUCACCUUCAUAUGGCUGGCGUUCGACGGAAUCAUUCAUUACACACUCGAGGGUUCCUUCCUGUACUACUCACUGUUCGGCCGGCAGGUAGCGACCAGCUCGGGACUCAUGGCUCAGAUGUGGAAGGAGUAUGCCUUUGCGGACUUCCGCUGGGCAGUCUCCGAUCCGACCGUCGUCUCCCUCGAGAUCCUGACCGUGUUCGGCGUCGGGACCAUAUGCUUCUACGUCCUCAAGCAGCUCGUCCAGGACGACCCCGCGCGGCACUACUGGAUCAUCGUUCUCAGCACUUCGGAGAUCUACGGCGGGUGGAUGACCUUCUGUCCGGAAUGGCUGACCGGCAGCCCGAACCUGGACACGUCCAACGUGCUCUACCUCUGGGUGUACCUCGUGUUCAUGAACGUCAUCUGGGUCUUCAUCCCCCUCUGGCUCAUGUACGACUCUUACGGCCACAUCGCUAACUCGCUGCGCCUCGCUCAAGCGAGCGAGAAGGUUAAGAAAGAUUGAGCAUACUUUGCUUGAUCAUUUACGUAUCCUGCACCACUACAUGAGAGGCUCUGACUUCUCCCGUCGUCUCUCGAAAUGUUCUUGGUUUGCCCAACCGUGCUACCCAACAAAUUUUGCUCAAUCUAGCCGUACCUCUGACUGCUCUCCGAACUAUGUAGUAACUUGCAUUGCAAUGCCAAUGACAUUGAACAGAG